AAUAGAAGGGAGCGGGGCGAGCGGCGGCUCAUAAAGCGCCUGGAGCCGGGGCGCGUCGCAAAGCGCGUCUUUCUGCCACAAUAGAGCGACGACGCGGCCCGAAAGAAGCGCCGCCAGAGCGAACGCGAGGGCUUCGAUUCCUUUGAGCUGCACGUUACGAAGUCUUAAAUGCAACGUUGUUUGAUAUAUGAGAAAACGAUGGCAGCCGAGACGAAGAACGGCGGGACUUCGCUGAACAACAGCUGUAAAGACCACAGCCGGAGGAAGUUACUGGUCGGAGUGGACCUCUUCUGCCUGUUCCUGGUGCUGCUCGUGGCCGCGUUCCUGCACCGGGCGCCCUUCGCUCCGUACCAGAGGGGCUUCUUCUGCGCCGACGACAGCAUCCGGCUGCCGUACAAGAGCAGCACGGUGCCCAGCGCCGCGCUCACGGCCGUGGGCGUCGCCGCGCCCGUGGUCUCAAUCAUCAUCGGCGAGAGUUACAGGAUCUACUUCCUCAACGAAGGAUCCAAGUCUUUCGUGGGGAACCCGUACAUUUCUGCGCUCUACAAGCAGGUGGGCGUGUUCAUGUUCGGCUGCGCCAUCAGCACGUCCUUCACCGACAUCGCCAAGGUGUCCGUGGGCCGCAUGCGCCCCCACUUCCUGGACGUGUGCAAGCCUGACUUCUCCACCAUCAACUGCUCCCUCGGCUACAUCACAGACUACGAGUGUCAGGGGCCGGAGAGCAAAGUUCAGGAGGCCAGGAAGUCCUUCUUCUCCGGACACGCCUCGUUUUCCAUGUACACCAUGCUGUAUCUGGUGUUUUACCUGCAGUCGCGGUUCACCUGGCACGGCGCCCGCCUCCUGCGACCCCUGACCCAGUUCACCCUCAUCAUGAUGUCCUUCUACACCGGCCUGUCCCGCGUCUCCGAUCACAAGCACCACCCCACUGACGUGCUGGCCGGCUUUGUGCAGGGAGCCCUGGUGGCCUACUGCGUGGUGUUCUUUGUGUCCGACUUGUUCAAGCCCAAAGGCAGAUGCUCGACGAUGCUCCCGACUCCGGUGAAGAAGGAUCUGGUGGCUCCAGCGGACAUCAGAGAACGGAGCAACCCUCUCGUCAUGGCAUAGGGACAGUCUAUAGCCCCCUACUACAGCUGCUAGUCAGAACUGGAUUAAAUACACCCCAAACGGACAUGGACUCAUCGCAGAGGACGAGAGGAAGCCGCAGUCAAACCAUCGAGCGGCUCACGCUGCGUGGAUGGAAACCGGCAUCGUUUCCUCCGCCUCGGCCCGUUUAAUGUGGAAAAGAAGCAUAUUCUGUUAUGACGAUUACUGGAGAGGCUCCUCUGUGGAGCUUUCUACUAAAAAAAAAACUCCCCAAUCAAACAAACCCGAGAAGAGGCAGCUUGUAAGAAAGCUACGCGUGGCAUCUCAUCUGCAUCCAGGACGGGGGACACGCUAACAUGACACUCACUCACUGUGACUCACACGACACAAAUUCCUUGAUUUCAGGAAGGAUAAUGUUCUUAGAUCGUAGCCAUCCUCUGUACUGUUUAUCACCACUUGAAUGAGCUGAUGUGAAGCUUUUGAAAAGCUUUGUACCUGUUUACUGUCCACGGCGUGGUGGGGGUAGGGGUGGGGGGUGCAGAGCAGCAUGCGUUGGACGUGGGCCUCUUUCCGCUGGCAGGGACGAGCCCCCCCACUGAGCCAUUUAAUGAAGCGCAUCGCACACGUACCAGACGGGUCGGCGUGAGCUGGGCCGAGCGGAGGCCAGCGUGUCUAAAUGUCAUGUCUAUAUAUUUCCGUGUUUAUGGCCCGCGGGUGCUCCUCCGGCCGGAGAACGGGCACCUGCUUCACCCGACGCAUGUAACUCGAGACACGAGCGCUGUGGAACCAACAGUCUAUGAACGUAGACGUUGCUAAUCGUGACAAACCCUGUGAUCUAUAGGCUCCACAGACGUUUAAUGUUAAAACACAGGGCAAGGACUCGUUGCUUAUACUGUAAUAAAGUUUCAGUACCAAAGCGGACUUUACCAAAACGCAUGCGCAGUAGAUCACAGCAGGGUCUCUAAUGAGGAUUUCUGAAUUCUAUUUGACGAAAAUGAGCACAUUGAAUUGAACAUGAACCUAUUGUAAUACUCUAUGCUUGCAUACUUACGUACUUAAAACCACUGAACGCAUCGUCCUGACUUUGUUUUACGUCACUGUGACAAAGAGGAGCCGGUCCUUGUUCUUCCGUCGUGCGUAUAAACAAAGUCUGCAUGCUACUAUACGUUUCAUAAUACAGCACCAGGCGGUAUGUAUUUUUUUAAUAAAGUAAUAAUAAUUAACACCCACUAUGACUUUGUGUUGAGACCUGUGUAUCUGUAACCACGUUGCUUUAGAGAAGCAGACGUUAUUCAGUGAAGAACAAAGCUCUGCUUUGGGACAACUUUUGUAUUGUUUUGCAUAUUUUUCAAAAUGCCUUGUGAAUUUUUGUACAAAGAAUGUAUCUGAGGUGAAGUGUCUUGAUAAAUAAAAGACAGGAACUGAG